AUGCAAUCGAGUAAUACUGAUUUGACUGCGCAGGAUUUCAAUUCUCGCUCGUUUCUUAUGUCACUUCGUCGAGAAAAUGAAAAACAUCGUGAAAUAUUCGCACUAGAACGUAAUCGCCAACAUCCUUCGAAAUAUUCAGCAUUCAAUAAUCAGCGAGGCUUCGCACGCAUGCAUAACUAUCAUUCUUCCAUAUCUUCUCACAUAAUUAGUAAAAAUGGUAUUAUAAUUACAAAUGAUCUUAGUCGACAAUUGCUCGAUGAUAAUCUGUCGAUUGUUCAUCGUCGGUGGCAAAACUCAAAAAUAUUAUUUUCCGAUAAAAUUAAAAAUGUACAAUCUGAUUUAAAUUCAAAGACAAAUGUAUCUUUGAAAAAAGUCAUGUGUGAAUGUCGCGGAGCUGUAUUCAAUUGGAUUUCUAAAAAACGAUUACAAUAA